GCGCACGACUUGGUGACAUCAAUGAGGACGAGGGAUCCUGAAAAAUUACUCCAGCGUUGGUGUGACGUCAGUGGCCGCCAAGUAUAAAAGCUGAGAGGGAAAGUUCUCUGCUCAUACCUCCAGACUUUGGCCUUUGAGGUCACCAACCGCUGCGAGAGCCGAGAGCCAGUAUCAUCACUACCGGCGGUGCCAGAGCGAAGAGAAUUUGGGCAGUUCCCGGGCGAACAAACUAAAUUACCAUGAAGUCGACAUGUCUGCUCAUCCUGGCUUCUCUCAUGUUCUGCAACUUGACGGUGUCUGGAGGACAGGGCAUCUCUGCUGAGGAUGACACCGACCGAAGAACCAUAGACGACAUUAUCCUACAAAAAGCAGAAAGCCUCCUGUUACGGUCCAUUCUCAAAAAGCUCCAGGAUGAAGACGGGAGAAACGAGGGGUUUUUCUCUCAGCCAGAAUGGGUGACAAAACGACAGCAUCCCGGGAAGAGGUACCUCGAAGAUUUGGAGAAGCGUCAGCAUCCAGGGAGGAGAGAAGAGGACGAUGAUGAACAGUACUUGGAUGUGCAAAGGAGACAGCACCCAGGCAAGCGCGAAGACGAAAUGCACUCGUUCAUGGAGUUCCAGAAAAGACAGCACCCGGGAAAGCGCUCAACGAUGGGACACAUUUCUGACAACCCCGUUUUACUCCUCAGUGAACUUUCGAAACGGCAACACCCGGGAAAGCGUUACCUGGUGCUGCACAGCAAACGCCAGCACCCAGGUAAGCGCUAUCCCGAGGAUGAGGACGGUGAAGGGGACUGGGAUGUGGGUUCCGAUGGAGAAGACGACCUCCCUGAGUUGGAAAAGCGUCAGCACCCCGGAAAACGCUUUUUGGAUAACUCGAGUCCGGAUUUGGGCACAAACAGUCCGUGUGAUGUUUUGGACCCUGCAAGUUGCAGCAAGACGAGCAUGCUGCUCGACUUUUUAGAUAACAUUAACAAGAGUCACGCCGAGGAGAAGAGGCAACACCCGGGUAAAAGGUUUGCAUCAGAGGAGGAUUCAGUGGAAGGAGAGUAGGUUAAACAAAAGUGUGACGUGGGUGUUCUGUUGUAUUGUAAACAAAUAAAUGUAUAAAUUAAGCGAAUUAUAAAAAGUGAAAAAAGAAUUUACAUCAUUUAACCUUCUGUGCCACCGCUCUUUCUUUGGCAAACAGUUACCGCAUUAUUAAAAAGCAUUUAUCUGAAGAUUCUGUUGGAGAACUUAAGCGUAAUUGUCCUCCAAACUUUCGACUAACUAUAUUGCUGUACAUACGGUCAGAAGAGUUCGUGCGAUAUAUUGAUCUAUCAUUUAUUAUUGUUAUUAGUCAUAUAUUGUUAUUGUUAUUAUUAGUCAUAUAAUAUUAUUUAUCUUACAUCGAAUUAUAAUAUUAAAGCAUUUGUCUACUGGCUUCGGCGAUGUUGCCUCUGUGAGGCAGCACACGCUCGUCGGUAGCCUACAGUUCGUGCUUGAGUUAGAAUGAAAUGGAAGUUGCUACGUUUACAUUAUCCGGUCUUCAUUUGUGUUUCAUUAUUUUCUACUCAUGUAAAAUAUAAUGAAUACCACAGCAAAUAAAUUGUGUCACUGAUUAUUUUUCUACAUCACUGCAUGGAUUUAAUUAAUUUAAUGUUGUAAAUGAAAAAAAAAAACUGCCUUUGCCUUAAAGUCAACCUUCAAUGUUUAUGUUGGACAAUAAAACGCACUGGUCAAAAUGA